UUCCGUACAGCCGUAAACAACAUGGCGAAGGCCGGCGAGAAAAGUGUUGGUGGUGGCAAGCGAGGCUUGAAGAGGAAAGCUGCCGCUGAAGAGCCUCAAGAGGCCGCGGCCGCGAGCGAUGGGACGGCGGAGAGCGGGGUGCAGCCCGCGAAAGCGGCCGCCUUCCCCCCGGGCUUCAGUAUCUCGGAGAUUAAGAACAAGCAGCGGCGACACUUGAUGUUCACGCGGUGGAAACAGCAGCAGCGGAAGGAAAAGUUGGCAGCUAAGAAAAAACUUAAAAAGGAGAGAGAGGCUCUUGGCGAUAAGGCUCCACCGAAGCCUGUUCCCAAGACCAUUGACAACCAGCGAGUUUACGAUGAGACCACAGUAGACCCCAAUGAUGAAGAGGUGGCUUACGAUGAAGCGACAGAUGAAUUUGCUUCUUACUUCAACAGACAGACGUCUCCUAAGAUUCUUAUCACAACGUCAGAUAGACCUCAUGGGAGAACAGUUCGACUCUGUGAGCAGCUCUCAACAGUUAUACCAGAUUCACAUGUUUAUUACAGACGAGGACUGGCUCUGAAAAAAAUUAUCCCACAGUGCAUUGCAAGAGAUUUCACAGACCUGAUCGUUAUUAAUGAAGAUCGUAAAACGCCAAAUGGACUUAUUUUGAGUCAUUUGCCAAAUGGUCCAACCGCUCAUUUUAAAAUGAGCAGUGUUCGUCUUCGUAAAGAAAUUAAGCGAAGAGGCAAAGACCCCACAAAACAUGUGCCUGAGAUAAUUCUGAAUAAUUUUACCACACGGCUAGGCCAUUCUAUUGGACGCAUGUUUGCUUCUCUCUUUCCUCAUAAUCCUCAAUUUAUUGGAAGACAAGUUGCCACGUUCCACAAUCAGCGAGAUUACAUCUUCUUCAGGUUUCACAGAUACAUAUUCAAGAGUGAGAAGAAAGUGGGAAUUCAGGAACUCGGACCACGUUUUACCUUAAAAUUACGAUCUCUUCAGAAAGGCACUUUUGAUUCUAAAUAUGGAGAGUAUGAAUGGGUCCACAAGGUAUGUGCUUACUGUUCCAAAGCCCAUUUUAACUGUGUGCUUACAUAUUAACAUGUGUCUCUUCCCCCACGAACUAGAAAGUACCAACAUGCUGAUUAGCCAGGAUUUGCUUGAAGCACCCCAAAGAACCUUAAAUGGGAGUAGUACUGUAGGAAUGGAAGGAUCUCAAACCCUGACCCACGUGCUGCUGCAGCUUCUCAGUCUCUUAGGCCUGUCACAAUGGUUCUGCUGCAUUAUCUGAGAGCUGCUGUUGAGAACAUUUAGAAACCAAAAAAGGCCUAGCUAGGAGCAGCACAGCCUUACCUUUUUGUACUUUAACCUCCUCACCUCAAACUCCCAGCACAUAGAAAUUAGACCUCUCGACUGACUGUUCGGGGUCUCAGACACAGCCAGAGUGUCUCAGCACUGUUAUUCAUGAAGAUCUAUGAAAGCCAGUUUCUUCUAUCUUACAGAAGUUCAUUGUCUUUGUUUUCCCCCUUUAAUUUUCAGCCACGGGAAAUGGAUACAAGUCGAAGAAAAUUCCAUUUAUAAAGGACUAGGGGAGCAGUACUGAAUUUUGCUGGAUCAGCCUGUCUUGAAAAACUUGGUAAUUCAACGAAACACCCUUUUCAAAAUGGAAUUUGAUUUUAUAAAUCAUGUAUUUGAACAAAUGACCAAGUACUGUGAAUUUCUACUCCAUAUAGUAAAUAUAAAUAAAUAUAAUUUUAUUUAGGUCUGAAAA